AUGGACGGGGACGUGCAUGGGGCCCCGAAAGCUAGCGCCAAUGCAUGCCUGGCAUGUCGGCGCGUGAAGAUGAAAUGCACCAUGACGCUCGAUGCCGUUAAGUGCGACCGCUGUGUGCGCAAAUCACUGGACUGCAUGUUCCGUGAACAUCGUCGGGGGAGGAAGCCUGGCACGCGCUUGAUCAAGCCCAAUGCCAAGCGGUCGCUCGACUCGCCACAGGGCCCAUCAUUCCCAGAAGGGAUGCCGGCCGAAGGUGAUGCGAGACGGCCCAGUUCACCGAGGGACGAACGCGUUUCCGACUUUUGGGCGGAGUCGGAGGGCCUUCAGCCUAAUGGCCUGCUGAGCCAUCAGGCGAUGAAGGGGAAGUUCUCGCUGCAGAAUAUCCUCAGUACAAAUCAUGGCUCGACUCCUGACCGACCGGUUGAAUCAGUUUCACCUGAUGAUCCAACUCGGUGUGGUAUUGUUAGCCAUGAGGUUGCUCUUCGUUUGUUUGAAAGCUUUAUGACGAAACUAAACCCCUUCGUUAGCCAACUGGAUCCUCACCUUCACUCCUUCACAUACGUGCGACAGAAAUCUUCAUUUCUGCUCGCUGCAGUUCUUACCGCUGCGUCCAAAUCAUUCGAAAUCUCAUUAUACCCAAGUCUCCAUGAACAUGCCGAAAAGCUAUACAUGGAGGCUUUCCGGCGGGGGGAUAAAUCUGCCGAGACAGUCCAAGCCAUCAUGGUUCUUACAUAUUGGAAGGAGCCAAAUGAUACAAGAGCCUGGAUGUCUGUUGGUCUUGCAAUCCGCAUGUCAAUGGAUCUGGGUUGGCAUAAGUUAGGACAUGGUCUCGCAAGGCAAGAGAAAUUGACCGAGCUUCAACAAAGAGAAAUCAGGAAUGACGAACGGACGUGGUUGGUGCUGUUCGUGUACGAUCGCAGUAUGAGUUUACAGACAGGCAAGCCUUGGAUGAUUGAGCGAACUCCAUUUAUUGAGUCGGCCCAAGACUGGUGGAGGCAUCCACUCGCCAUUGAUAAUGAUCCAUUUCUCUGCGCGUUUGUCACUCUCCGGCUGCUGGCAGCGGAAGUGUUCGACCUUUCCAGUCCUGGUAAUCACUAUCCAGCGCCUCGGCCGUUGGCAAUUCUUCAAAAUAGGAUUGAGCAAUGGCAAAAUAAGUGGCUUGAUGUGGUUGAUCCAGGAAGCUGCCAUAAUUUCAUGAUCCGGUUCUACGGCGCUCAUCAAUCUUUGCAACUCUUCUCUAUGCCUCUCCAAGAGACUUUGAAGAACCAAACCUUUAAUGAAACCUGCGAUCUAAAGCCAUUGUGGAUCAGCUAUCACAGUGCUACGACCAUGUUGCGGUUGAUGGCCGAGUUUCCGUCCUUUUUGAGCCUCUGUCAAGACUCUGUACAUGUCAUGACUGCCUACUCUGCAGUUCUUCUCAUCAAGCUGCUUCUUUCUUCUCCUCCUAUGAUAAGCCAGGAGAUCGAGCCCGACACAAUUGCAACAAUUCGUGCAGCGGCAAAUGUAUUCACCGGCCAAACCGCACCUUUAAGUACAAGCUGCAGUCUCCAAUCCCGGUUCCUAAACAACAUCCUCAUGGAAUUUGCAACCCUUCGACGCCCCCGUCCAGUAGACAGACACCGAUCUAUCGACCGGCCGCAAGGAUUCGUCGACACAAAUGCUCCAACAUCAAAUGCCACCUCAUUUCCAGAUUCCCCUGCUACUGCCCCAUCUCACUCCCCAAUCCAGCAAACCGCGGAGACCAAUAGUAUUCCCACAGCGAGGCCUUACCCGCAACCAGACCCAACCAAUCCAGAACAAACCAUGAUGCAGCCACAAAGCCAUCCUCCCCAUCCACAAUCCAUCCAAGCCACAUACUUCCACCGGCCAUCUGUUCCAAAUCCCGAUCCUGCCUAUGAUACACCUAUGGCUGGCAUCCCACCAGGACCAAACGGUCUCCCCGCCGUCUCAAAUAUGUGUUACAAUAACCAACUAGAUGCAGCCUCGAACUUUGUGUUCAACGACGAGGCUAUGUGGGUCGGUAUGUUCGCUAGUGCCGGAUUCAAUCUUCAAGACGGUGUCUUCUGUGGCUGA